UAGUCCCAGCUGAUUACGCGCAGCUUUCUCUCGCGCCAUUUCAUUGGCCGGUCCAGCACAUACUGUCUUUGCCUCCAAACGACGAGUUAUUUAAAAAGGCGUGACAAAUUAAUACUUCACAGAUUUCUUCGUAGAGGUUGCGCAGGUUUGAACGAUGGGUAGAGAAAAGGUGAAAAAUCCCGCUGUUUGUUUGGCUGCACUUGUUAUUCUGACGUGUUACUGGGUGAAAACUACAGACUGCUUUCGACUGAGGAAGUCCCAGAGACGAAUCGUGCAGAGAGAAACUGGUUUUCCUCCCUCAGGUCGAGUUCAAGAAGGAAACAUCGUGUUCGGGAGGGUUUUUGAGGUCCCACAUGGAAGCAAAAAGCACUCUAAAAACGCUUCAGUGGAUGAUGAAACUGAUUAUCAAGCAGAUUUUGCUGGCUGGUCUCAGCAGGCUGACAUGGAAGAGACCUCCAAGGAGAAAUGGAACCCCUUAGCAACCUCUCUGCAUUGUUUUGGUGACCACAUGAAGUUCAGGUCACUUGGACCUGGAGCUUCACAACUUGCAGUGGAGCAAGCACAUGAGCCCCCGGUGCCUCUUUCCAUGGUCCCUCCAAAAUGUGGCUACAGAAUGCAUGGGAACUCGAUGGCAUUUGUUCUGAUUGCUCCGUAUGAUGGCUGCAACAUGAUUCAGCAGGGAGGAAAUUACAUGCUACCACUACUCUGGCAAGGCCAUCCUCUGUCUCUGUUAUGUCCCAAACAUGCAAGAACCAAGGUGCCACAGGUUCCCCAGAUGCCCAGCCAGCCUUACUUUGAGCAGGUUCCCCAGAUGCUGCAGGUUCCCCAGAUGCCCAGCCAGCCUUACUUUGAGCAGGUUCCCCAGAUGCUGCAGGUUCCCCAGAUGCUGCAGGUUCCCCAGAUGCUGCAGGUUCCCCAGAUGCUGCAGGUUCCCCAGAUGCCCAGCCAGCCUUACUUUGAGCAGGUUCCCCAGAUGCCACAGGUUCCCCAGAUGCCCAGCCAGCCUUACUUUGAGCAGGUUCCCCAGAUGCCACAGGUUCCCCAGAUGCCCAGCCAGCCUUACUUUGAGCAGGUUCCCCAGAUGCCACAGGUUCCCCAGAUGCCACAGGUUCCCCAGAUGCCACAGGUUCCCCAGAUGCCCAGCCAGCCUUACUUUGAGCAGGUUCCCCAGAUGCUACAGGUUCCCCAGAUGCCCAGCCAGCCUUACUUUGACUUUUAUUCUCAUCUCUUCCCUACACUGGAUGAACCUGCACAACCUGUGCCACAACUUCCAAAACUUCCCUUACCCCUGUACUUGUACCCUUUCCCACCUCAGACGACUGCCCCACCACCUACCACAUCAGUAUCUAAAGUCCCAUAUCCUCAGAUUCCCUUUCCACCAUAUUUCCCUGUCCCAUACUGGCAUCAGUUUCCAGAAUUCCCUCCCUUCUUGCCUUAUCCAACUGAAAAACCUCCAAAGUCUCCAACUUCAGGACAGAAGACAACAACAAUUUCAGCUAAAACUACAGAGUCUCCUGCAACUACCCAGGGUCCUACUGAUGCCCCUGCACAGUUGUAUCCCAUUGAGUACCUACCUGUUGUUCCAAAUGAACAUUUUCCACACAUGUUUUAUUCUCAUAAAGGCUAGUGUGAAGCUUUAAAAUAAAAUUUUGGAAACACAA